AUGAUGGGAACCUCUGGAUUCGGCUGGUCUGAGAUUGGAAACAUGUUGGAUGUUAAGGAUCCUGAGUGGAAAGCGUAUCUAAAGGUUCAACCAAAGGUAAAAUCAAUGCGUUUGAAGUCCUGGCCUUUUUAUGCUGAUUGGGUUGAAAUUUUCGGAAAAGAUAGGGCAACCGGUGAGGGGGCAAGGGGGUUCACGGACGCGGUAAACGAUGUCUUACUAAACAAGGACACACAACCAAUACCGGUCCAUACCACACCGCCCCACGUACCAAAUAACACAUUUGAUCCUCUACAUGAAAAUGUGAUGGAGUCUUCUUCGGCACAAGGAGGUGAGAAUAGUGUUUCAAGUAAGGGAAAACGUGUGCUGAAAAGACAACGUGAGGUCCAACAAGUAGAUUCCCAAAUUGUGGGUAUGUUGUCUUCAUUAUGUGCAAAUGCCAAUGACCGACUAGCUGAGAUUGCUAAAGGAGCAGUUUUCCAGAACGCCGCAAAGGAGCAACGACAGUCUGUGUAUGAAGCUCUCCAUGAAGUUCCUGAGUUAAGUACCGGCGACAAAGUCGCUGUCGCUCGAUAUUUAUGCAAAAACAAUGACAAGCUGGAUCUUUUCUUUACUCUUGAUUCGGAGGCUAAAUUCUCUAUGGUGCAACAAAUUUUACAAGAUUUGAAAAAAUGA